UAGCGGCGCAGUGGGAGGACUAUCCCAUGCCAGGACUUGUGGCGGCUGCAGCGGCGGCCCGGACUGGAGGAAGUGUGUGUGUGUGUGCUGGGGGGGCCGAGCCGAGCUGAGCAGCAAACAGCAGCAGUUGAGGAACCGAGCAAAAGGCUUCCAUUUUAUCACCGACAGCCACAGAAAAGGCCGAGGAGAGGAGAGGAGAAACCCGGGUCCAGCUGAGAGCACAUUCCAGCAGAGGGAAAUGAGCCUCUCAGCCUGCACUAAGCCUGUAUGACGGGCUGAGGGCUUCUUUGAUCAGGACUUGAGCCCGAACUCCUUCUUCUGUCUGCAGCUCUGACUGACAAAGGGACACAGAGGAGGAGGAAAAAAGGAGAAGCAAAGUGCUCGCUUUCAGUUUGAAAAGGAAGUCCUAAGAUUCAAGAUGGAGGAGGGGUAUGAACUCGACCUGACGUAUAUCACGGAGCGCAUCAUCGCUGUGUCCUUCCCCCGGGGGUGCACGGAGGAGAUCUACUCUCACAACCUGAAGGAUGUCACGCGAAUGCUCAAGUCCAAGCACGCAGAUAAUUACCUGAUUAUCAACCUGUCAGAGAAGAGACAUGAUCUCACUAAAAUGAACCCCAAGACUCUAGAUACAGGCUGGCCGGACAUGCACGCACCACCUCUGGAUAAGAUCUGCACUAUCUGUAAAGCCAUGGAGAGCUGGCUCAACGCCGAUGCCCUUCAUGUGGUGGUUAUACACUGCAGGGGCGGCAAGGGUCGAAUCGGUGUCGUCAUCUCAUCCUUUGUGCAUUUCACCGACGUAUCAGCCAGUGCUGAUCAGGCAUUGGACCGCUUUGCGAUGAGGAAAUACUACGAUGAUAAGGUCUCAGCUCUGAUGACACCUUCGCAGAAACGGUACGUUUGGAUCCUCAACAGUCUUCUAAGCGGAUCCAUGAAGAUCAAUGCCUCUCCCUUGUUCCUGCACUGCGUCAUCCUCCACGGGAUCCCAAACUUCGACGCCACAGGAGUAUGUCGUCCAUACAUCAAGGUUUACCAGGGAAUGCAGGCAGUGUAUUCGUCUGGAAUCUAUCACAUCGGUCCCAGCCACAGAGACCGUGUAUGCAUCACACUGGAGCCAGCCCAGCUUCUAAAAGGAGACAUCAUGAUUAAAUGCUAUCACAAGAGUGACGUAACUUCAGAGCGUGAAGUUAUUUUCCGGCUGCAGUUCCACACGGGAGCAGUGCAGGGCUACAACCUGAUGUUUGAAAAAGAAGACAUGGAGACUGCCAACAAAGAUCCCAGAUUUCCAGAUUAUGGCAAAGUGGAGCUGGUGUUCUCAGAGGGACCAGAGAAGAUCCCAGGUGCAGACAGGUGGCAAAAUGGGACGGAUGUUAUCGUGGACUACAACACAGCAGAUCCUCUAAUCCGCUGGGACUCCUAUCAGAACCUCUGUGAUGGUGAAGCGCCACGCUCUCAAGGCCUAACCCAGGACAAAGCGGCUACAAAGAGGAGCCCCGGCGGAGGAGAGGUGACGCUGGGCCGAGGGGCCCGCACGACCUCCGCCACCUCCAGCCCUGACCACAGCGACCACGCCCUCUCUGUCAGCAGCGACUCGGGCCUGUCCAGCACUUCUCUGUGGGCAGACAGACCCACGCCUGUCCCCGCCACCACCACCACCAUCAGGCCUAACCAGGGCCCCAGCCAGCAGGAGAAGGUCCAACUGAAGCGCCUUUUAAGUGGCUUUGGUCUUGAGGACCCCUCACUGGGGGAGAUGGGUGAUCAAGGCCCCAGAGUGGGCAUCCAGCACACAGUCCCAGCGCAAGUGCACAUCAACGGAGACCCCAGACCCCGAGAGAGGGAAACGGACAUCCUAGAUGAUGAGGUCAUUACGGGUCAUGAUCUGCACAGUGUGGACAGCUUAGGGACCUUGUCGUCCUCCUGCCACAAGAGCAGCCAGAACUCCCUGCUGUCAGAUGGUUUCGGUAGUCCUGGAGGAGAGGAGCAGCAAAGCCAAAGCCAGCACCACCUCCACCACCCUGCGCCCCCUCCUCUGGAGGAGUAUGAGAGAGGUUAUGCUGAGGCAAGAAGGGGCUGUAUGAGCUCCAGGAGCAACUCCGUGGCCUCCGCUAUUCCCAGUUGCGCCCCCAUGCCCAAGCAGCAUGUCUACAGACAGGGAAGCUAUUCCACACAGUCCUGGGUUCGCCAGCAGCAAAUGGUCGCCGCACAACAGUUUAUCUACAUGCCCGAGGAUGGAAACGAUACAGAGAGAUACCCAGGGAACAAGCAAGGAGGCAGUUCCCCCAAAGCAAGCGUGCCCUCUGAACCACAGGGCCCUACCAGGGACAUGACAACAGAUCCUCUGAGGAACACGGCGCCCCACAAGGAACAGGCGACGAUAAACAAUAACAACAACAACAAACGUGACGAGGAGUUCAAAUCUCUAACAAAAGACAUUGACAACUCCAUCGACCAGCUCAACCAGCUAAUCAUGGACCUGGAUCCCUCAUUCAUGCCGGUGGCGAGCCAAAGCAGCAUCAAAAGGAACGGCGGGACACACGUGAACGGCUCAGUCUCCAAAUGCCCGAACGGCAUCAAUCUAAGAUUCAACGAUAAUAAUGCAGCAAGCCUGAAAAACACACAGCAGACAGCUGUCCAGUCCAGUGAAGGGCGCGUGGGUGUCACGCGGAAUCUGAGUCGUCAAGGAAGCGAUGUCACGGAUCACCCAGGCUUCUGUAACUCAGGGUGGAGCGGGCCAGAGGAGUACAGGGGUCAGCGGACGUACUCCCCCUGUGUGCCACAGUCUCAGCACCCCAUGUUGUACAGGACUGACAGUACUGACUACAGGGCCCAGGGCCCAGACAUGGACAGCGGUGUCGAGGCCGGGAGUGACAUGACUCCACCCACUCCCGCCUUCCCCAUCUCUCCACCAACACCUUAUGUCAAAACUAUGUCGGAAUUUACUCACCUCAGGCAAACAACAGCUCCAAGCAUGCAGUCUCACGGAGGCUACAGAACAGACCACGAUCCCCGGGGGUAUCCAGAGAUGAUCAGUCAUGUUGGAGUUGACGGUUUACCAGACUCCUCCAUCAACUGCCACAGGGCGCUAAGUGCUACACACUCUGCCUCAAUGGUUGGGACCCUUAAGUGGACAGACAGUUCAUCCACAAACCAGCCCUGGCCAGAGCAUCCCGUCCUGAGCCGCCACUCGUCCCUGAGCAGCUACCCCUCUACCAGACAACCACCGCCGCACUCCAUGUCGCUGGACUAUGGCCACCACUCUCCUCCCCUGCACCACCCCCACAUCCACCCUGCCCCCAACGCCCACAGCUCGCCCCGAAGCAGCCAGCGAAGCCGCAUGGCUCGCUACGCUCUCAGCCAUAGUCCCGCUCAAAGCUUUGACGAGCAGGAUGACGCAGGUCUCGGCUAUGGCACAGACUGUCCAAACACUAAUCUGCUGGGGAAUGGAGGCAUGGACAGGGAACUUUUGACCUCCAUGGAUGGGCAUAAUCAGUUGCAGCUGCCCCAGAUGCUGCAACCCCCACUUCUGCCUGAGAAGAAGAGGACAUCAGAUGGAGAGCAUUCGCUGGGAACAGCGUCCCCAGCCCUCAGUGGGUUCUCGAGUCCCCACAGUGGGAGCUCCCUGAGUAUCCCCUUCCCCAACGUUUUGCCUGACCUCUCAGCUCAGGCGCUGGGCACGGCCUCACCUCUGCCAGAUGUUCUGGCUGUCAAGCAGGUCACUGUAAAAUUUGUGCAGGACACAUCAAAAUUCUGGUACAAGCCAGAUAUCUCAAGGGAUCAAGCCAUUUCAGUCUUGAAGGACAAGGAGCCUGGUUGCUUCAUCGUGCGGGACAGCCACUCAUUCAGAGGGGCUUAUGGACUGGCAAUGAAGGUGGCGACUCCCCCACCCUCAGUCCUCCAACAGACCAAGAAAGGAGGUGACCUGUCGAAUGAGUUAGUGCGCCACUUCCUGAUUGAGUGUACACAGAAAGGAGUGCGGUUGAAGGGUUGCCCCAAUGAGCCCUAUUUUGGAAGCUUAACUGCUCUGGUCUGCCAACAUUCAAUCACACCACUGGCCCUGCCCUGCAAACUCAUCAUACCUGACAGAGAUCCUCUUGAAGAUGUUGUGGAGACUACCUCACAAUCUGUCACCAACUCUGCUGCCGAGCUGCUAAAACAGGGUGCAGCCUGUAACGUGUGGUACCUGGGCUCCGUGGAGAUGGAGUCGCUAACAGGCGUCCAGGCGGUGCAGAAAGCCACCACUAUGUCUUUGAGCUCCAACCCUCCACCGACCUCCACUGUAGUUCACUUCAAGGUGUCCUCCCAGGGAAUCACCCUCACUGACAACCAGAGGAAGCUGUUCUUCAGGAGGCACUACAAUGUUAAUACGGUCAUAUAUUGCGCAUUGGACCCUCAAGAUAGGAAGUGGAAAAAAGAUGGCUGCCCUUCAGCAAAGAUCUUUGGCUUUGUGGCGAGGAAAACUGGCACUUCCAUGGACAAUGUGUGUCACCUAUUUGCGGAGCAUGACCCAGAGCAGCCAGCAAGUGCCAUUGUCAACUUUGUUUCCAAGGUGAUGAUCGGCUCGCAGAAGAGUAAGUAGGCCUGGACUGAGCUGAGCUGAUCACCUGGACAGACUUUUACCAAGAAGGGCUGAACAAAGGACUAAAUGUAAGGAUUGAAGAUGGUGACGGUAACCCUGGAUAUUAACUGGAUAUUACGUACAUAAUGACAUUACAUCUUUCAAUAGCAACGUAUGAAUCCCUUUUAUGCUGUUAUUUUAAUUUCCUGUAAAAUGAACCGAGUAAGAAAACAGCAAAUUCAUAAGUGUAUCCAACUGUCAUGUCUUACACAGUUAGAUUUAUUCUCAUCAUAUUUUAAGUGCAUAACACAAAAGCUGCUCUUUUUAAACGUGUGUGGCAUUUUUAUGGACGAAUCAAGAAAACCGUACCUUGUUGCAUGUAAGUUUUUUAUUCUAAUAUUUAACCAAAACAAACUUCAUUUAAGCUAUUAACAUAUUGUAAAGUUGUAGUCAGUGUAGAAGCACCUCCGGGCUGCAUCUGUCCAGCAUGCAGUAUUUUGUUGUGGAGUUUAAGAUGGUGGGAAAGCAGAGCAGCAAGUAUGUAUAGUUUGUUUUGUGUUUCUGGGACAGGCUACAUCUCGUACAGGAUUAUCUUAUUUUAUCUAUGCAAUGUAAAUUUUUAUUUUUUUAAACCACGCCUUCUGUACAUGCGCAGCAUGAAUGUGGCUUCUCUGAACCUGUUAAAUAAUUUUCUUCUUAAGAUGUAUGUGAAUAUGACCACUUUUAAAGCGACAGUUUAGUAAAAGUGUGCGUGUGUGUUGACAUGAGAGAAAGCAUAGAAAAAUAUUUUAAUUAAACCCUAAUAUAUAUACA